AUGUCACUGUGGUCUCUAAUCAGCACCCCAGUCUGGGGUCCUGGCUCUGUCCUCCUCAUUCUGGUCUUCCUGCUUAGACUAAGUGUGCAGGUCUGGCAUAAGUUAUAUCUUUGGGACCUCCAAUGCUGCUCCACAGAUUUGACUGGGAAGAUAGCAGUGGUGACUGGGGCCAACAGUGGCAUCGGGAAGGUUGUGUCCCAGGAGCUGGCCCGCCGCGGGGCACGUGUGAUCCUGGCCUGCCGUAGCCGGGUGCGUGGACAGCAAGCCCUGGCCGAGAUACAAGCAGCGUCAAAGAGCAACCGCCUCCUGCUUGGUGAGGUGGACCUGAGCUCUAUGGACUCCAUCCGAAGCUUUGCUCAGUGGCUUCUGCAGGAGUAUCCUGAGAUACAUCUACUGGUUAACAAUGCUGCAGUCUGUGGAUUCCCCACUACACUUACCCCAGAGGGCCUUGAUCUCACCUUUGCCACCAACUACAUUGGGCCCUUUCUGCUUGCAAAUCUGCUCCAAGGGGCCCUUCAGCGGGCAGGGUCAGCCCGGGUAGUGAAUGUGUCUUCCUUCCGGCAAGCACAUGGGUACAUUGAUGAGGAACAUCUGAUAGGGGCUGGUAGACCUUUGACCUUCAACCAGAACUAUGACUGCAGCAAACUUCUUUUGGCCUCAUUCACUGGGAAGCUUGCCCAGAGACUGCAAGGGACAGGUGUGACUGUGAACUCUGUGGACCCAGGUGUUGUAUACACGAAGAUCAUGAGGCAUUUCUCUUGGCCAUAUCACUUCCUCUUCUGGCUCCUCAGCUUCUUCUUUAAGGAUAGCAAACAAGGUGCAAUCCCAGUCCUCUACCUGUGCUUGGCAAAGGAGCUGGAUGGCAUUUCUGGAAAACAUUUUAAUUGUUGCUGUGUGAUAACUCUUCCCCCUGAAGCUGCUCGGGAUUGUCAUGUGGCCCAAAGCCUCUGGAAUACCUCAGUCCGACUAACAAACCUAGACAAGGUGGACUGA